AUCACCUUUCAUUAAAGAGUCUGCAACUGUAACAGCGGAAGAACAGCUAUCAAUAGUCCUAGCAAAAAAGCACGCAUUGGACUCUUCACCGACAAACCCAACCGAAUGUCCUCUUUACUCGAAUUUCUCUCAAGCUGAAACCAACAUGGCCUCUCAUAGAAUCAAUCCUGACGAGUCUGAGUUACUUUGCGAGGUAGAUGCACAAGCAAUGUAUGCCACACCAGUAAAGACUACAACGGCUAAUUCACAACCCGAAAUCGAGUACGACAAUACAUUAACAGUUACUCAGAAAUCGAGCCAAGAAGGCUACGACGUGGCAGCUCCUCACAUUACUCAUUCAACUGCCCGUUCUCCCAAUACGAGGCACAAUGACAGCGCGGCAAUUUCGUCGAGUUUGCAGUAUGCUGAGUUGCAGUUCGGAAACAACCCGGUGGGCCCUACAGUUCCAUCUUCUGCUGCUGUUACGUAUGCUAGCAUAAAAACAUAACUAUGAAGUUUACUCUUGGCUAAGACGUUUAG